UCUGCCAAUCAGCAAUUCAAGUCAGCACGGCAGCAUAGGAACAGUAAUCAAUCGUAAUCGUUAAUCACAUUCCAUUCCAUUCUCGCAUUCGGCUUCGGUUCGGUUCGGUGUCCACUGCUGAGAUCUGUAGAGAUCAGUGGAAGCAGUGUUAUUGUUGGUGAAUAAAAUUAAUAAAAAUCGAUUGCCGUACUAAGUGUCGUGCACAGGAUUUAUUGUGUAAAUUUAUUAAAAAUGGGUAUCCAACUUAUUAUUUAUACCAUUUGCAUCGGAGCUGUAUUUGCUCAGAUAGAUCCUUCAGCCAGUGAUGCAUUAAAAGCUCUACCAGUAGAACUUCAAGAUGUAGUUAAUAACACACAAAUACAAGAUGCCCAAAAUAAAACAAGCAAAGUGAUAAAAGAAAAGUGUGAAAACAAUGGUGGGCCUGAUGCAUUCAUGAAUCUUGAGGGAGCUGUACAAAAUUUCAAGACUUGUGUCACAGAUUUGAUAAACUUCUCAACCCUCGAUGAAGAAAUAGAGAAGGCUAAGCCCGAUGGCAGGGUUGAUGAAGUAUUCAAAAAGUACUGUGACAAGCGUCCGGUGCUGCUGAGUUGUUUCCACAAUCUGACGGAUGUGAUGGAGACGUGUCUCAGCGCUGAGGAGCGCCAGCAUGUGCCGCCGUUGCUUAACAUGACGCACCAGCUCGCCGAGUUCAUCUGCUUUAAGGAUGGAGACAGGAUCGCUCUUUUCAUCGCGGAAAAGGGACCUGAAUGUCUGAAAGAGAAGAGUGGUAUGAUCAACGAUUGCUUGAACAACACAUUCAGUGUGACGCCGAGCUUUGACAACAUACCUGAUGAAAUACCAGAGAUUAAGUUUGGAGAGAAAGAAUGUAACCAGUUAACAAAAGUGCAAAGUUGUGUGGUGUCUGCGCUGGAGACAUGCGCGGUGCCCACCUCCGCCAAUAUCGUCGAGUCUCUGUUCAAGUUCGCCAGGAAGUCGCUGCCAUGCAAGGAAAUACCUGAUGACGAGGAUGUUGAAGGCACUCAUGCUAACCAAAGUGCUGAAACAACGGAGAAACCAAACUCUGGUAGUCGUGUUGGUGUGGCAUCUCUCGCCAUUAUCGCGGCCAUUGUUGCUAACAUGUUCGUUUAAAUCUUGUUUGUGUCAUGUCAUUUUGGUACUUUGACAACUUUAUAGUCUGCUAUUUAAUACGUGUGACCAGCUUUUAAUGUUAUAUAGAAUUAGUAAUAAUGUAUUUUUUAACAGUA